GUUCUUUCCCGAACGACAUACAUAUGUUUCAAUAUUUCUAUGCCAUCAUCAAUCAUAUAUAUGCUACCAGAGAUGAACCCUUACGAAUUAUGAUCACUCACGUAAAACCGAGGUAUGCAUCAUUCACCUAACAAUUUCAGAGCGUGAAUCACAAAAUCCCCCUGAAAACAAAAUGGAUCCCAGAAGGGCUGAAACUGGAAAAAAUUCGGAUCAGAUUCAAUCUGGUCAUGUAUAUCAUCUCGCUUUGGAUAUUGGGGGAUCUCUUGCCAAGCUAGUUUACUUCACCAAAAAUGAUGAGCACAUUGUUGGUAAUGAAAAGAAAAAAUCUCCGUUGAAGGCUUCAGGGAUCUCCAACAGCAGUAGAAACAGUCCUGUUCUUAAUGGAAGGCUCAAUUUCAAGAAGUUUGAAACAAGCAAGAUUAAUGAUUGUUUAGAGUUUAUCAACAGCAUGAAACUUCACCUUGGAGGUUGUCAGCAGCCAGAAAGUCCUGGAAGCCAGACGAUAACUAUUAAGGCCACAGGUGGUGGUGCAUACAAAUAUGCAGACCUCUUCAAGGAAAAGUUUGGGAUCAGUCUUGACAAGGAAGAUGAAAUGGAUUGUCUUGUUGCAGGAGCAAAUUUUCUUCUUGAGACCAUCCACCAGGAAGCGUUUACCUAUAUGGGCAAUCAAAAGCAAUUCGUGUGGAUUGACAAGAAUGAUCUAUAUCCCUAUCUUCUUGUUAAUAUUGGAUCCGGUGUUGGCAUGAUCAAGGUGGAAGGAGAUGGGAAGUUUGAGCGAGUUAGUGGAACAAGUAUAGGUGGAGGCACUUUCUGGGGUUUAGGAAAGCUUUUAACUAAGUGCAAGAGUUUUGAUGAGUUGCUGGACUUAAGUUACCGGGGGAACAACAGAGCAGUGGAUAUGCUUGUUGGAGAUAUUUAUGGUGGAAUGGACUAUUCAAAGAUAGGUCUUUCAUCUACUACAAUAGCAUCUAGUUUCGGGAGGGCAAUUUCUGAAAAUAAGGAGCGUGAUGAUUACAAACCUGAAGAUAUUGCGCGAUCUCUGCUAAGAAUGAUCUCAAAUAAUAUUGGACAGAUCUCUUACUUAACUGCACUUCGAUUUGGACUGAAGAGGAUUUUCUUUGGUGGAUUUUUUAUUCGGAGGCAUCCUUUUACAAUGGACACAUUAUCUGUUGCAGUUAAUUUCUGGUCCAAAGGAGAGGCAAAAGCAAUGUUUUUGCAGCAUGAAGGGUUCCUUGGAGCUGUUGGUGCCUUCAUGAGUAGUGACAAACAUGGCCUCAAGGAGUUAUUGGCGAAUCAAAAGGUGGAAAGACCACCAAGUAAAUUGUCCUUUUCAUUGGAUCAAACACAAGUUCCACAACAAGAUGGGGAAUUAAAUGGAGAUGAAAGUAUAGAGUGUAGUGUCUAUGGAGCUUAGAUGAAGCAAUUCUUCGUUGCUUGCAUCACUUAUUGUUGUGACUUUCUGUAAUUUAAUUCUGUAAAAUGGUCAGAAGAAGCUAGUUAUUGGAAUUAUACACACUGAAAAUUAGAAUAAGACAAGUAGAACUACUCAUAAUAGGUCAUGUAUCAUUUUACACUUCCACUCACAGCAUUGUUACUCAUUCAGUGAGAUCCUUUUCUAUUAUUUUUUCUCUUCAUCUGUAUUUUGGACAAUUUUUAGCUUGAGAUCUUCAAAUGAAUUUUGCCA